AUGGCGGUGACGCCCUUUCGCGCAAAGGCUGAGGAGCGAGCCAAGCUCAAGGCCAAUGAGUCUGAGAGCCCUGAACCUCCCAGCAAGCGAGUGUGCAACACAUAUGAGAAGCAGCUUGCCAAGCUGCCGAAAGGUGACCUUCAAACCGUGAAGGACAUGGGUUCAGGAACAGACCUGCUGGACUACGUGUCUUCGUUCAGGGGGGAGUCUUCUGGCGCUCAUCCAGCAUCAUUGAUCAGUGAGCUCUACGGCGCUUCGGAGCAUUCAAACAUGCUGCACUGCCAGCAGAUUGAGGGGUGGUACGCAGAGUACGCAAACACAGUGAGGAAUAUGCCCUACCUCUACAAGAAGCCUUCGCAGGUGGAUGCGAAAGAUGUCGACACCAUCCUGUACUUUGACUGCCCCAAGCUUGGGGUCCUUUCACAGGCUGAGAUCAACAUGGUGGGUGACAUGAGCGAGAAGGUUUUGGGCAAGAACCCCACUCGAUCUGUCUUGGUUCUGAUCCCUCCGAAGCUGGAAGAUAAGCUCCUGGCUUCACGCAUCGAGAUGAGGGCAUUCACGCUCAAUCUCGAUUUGAGUGAGAUCCACGGCAACCGAGAUUUGCCAAGCGCAUUCAUCUGCUACUUGGGAGUUUGUGAUGCAACAUUACCCCUCAAGGGCACGGCCCACCGAAGCAUCAGAGGUGACCGCAAGAGCUUUUAUGCUGCUGUUGUGGUGAAUCCGACCACCUACGAUGGCUGUCUUGAGUUGGCCGGAGUCAAGGGAGGCUACACGGUGCUUGCAAGUUCCGGCUACCACCCGGCUUACACCUGCAGCAAAGAGCUGGUCAAGACCCAUCUGCAGUUCCUCCAAGACUUCGACCGGGACUGGGGGGUGGCAAUUCCAUCAUCCUCACCUCAGAAGCCGGCUUCAACUCCAACUCCAGAGAAGACUCUGGCCAAGCAGGAGGUGAAGGAGACCUCGGAAGAGUUUUGGGCCAAGCAUUUCAAGGAGGAUCCCAAGACAGUGGACGCCUUGAAGAGCAAGUUCGGAGAUGACAUCACUGAAAUGGCAGGCGCUGAUCAAGCCUCUUCCCUGAUCCUCACUCCUGGACCGCAGCUGUACAUCGCUGCAAAGGACGCCACGUGUCUUCAACUGUCGGCUACUGUGCCGCUGAUCUCACAUGGCGCAGGGACGUGGUUGCUCGGGGCCAAGGCGGACAAGUUCAAGUCCGAGAAUCCCAACAAGGGAAUACCAUGCUCAUGGAGCAGUGAUGAGGUGCCUGUCAUUGUCGAGGAGAUUGCUUUUGCUUGCUUGAAAGUUGAAAGAUUUCCCAAUCAACUUUCUACAAG